AUGGGGCUGCGAUGCGCUAAGCUGCGCCGCUGCUCCUGGUGCGCCAGCUCCUGCUCCUGCUCCUGGUGCUGUUGCUGCUGUUCUGAGCCCGCUGCCACGGAGCGUUUCAAAGUGCUGCUGCUGGGUGCCGCUGGCAGCGGCAAGACCCAAUUGGGGCAUCUGCUCAGCGGAGAGGAACGGGACGCGGCGGAUUUGGGACCCACAAACGGAGUGCGCUGCUAUCGCUGCCAACCGGACGCUGGCUGCCUGCUGCUCCUCACCGAGGUGGGUGGCAGCGAGGAUAUGCAGCGGAUCUGGCCACACUACUAUGCCAGCUGCCAUGCGCUCAUCUUUUGCUACGAGCUGAGCGACAGCUACGAGGAGCUCCUGGUUAGCUUUCGGCUGUUGCAGCGCUGCCUGGAGCAUCGCGAGCUGCGUGGCAAGCCGGUGCUGCUGGUCGCGUGGCGCAACUGCGAUGGCAUCCAGCUCUACGAUGUGGCGCAUGCCUUCCGGCUCGAACAGCUGGCCAACGAAUGCGGCUGUCCGCUGCACAUGUGCCAUCUGGGGCACCAACGAGACGUGUGGCACGGCUUGGCCUGGCUGCAACGUCAGCUGCACGAUCGAGCGCCGGCCUUGGCGCAACGCAUCAAAUAUGAUCUCAAUAUGCAGUCUUGGCAGCGGCGCAAACGCACUUUGCUCUCCAACGGUAAAUUGGCGCAGGUGCAUCGUCAGCGCUUUCGACGCGCACACAGAAAGCUCUGGCCACUGACACUGGUCUCUGACGUCACGCAGCCGUCGCCCCUGCGUCCACGCACUGCGCCGGCCGCCAUCUUUACUGCGCGUACGCAACAACCAUAA